AUGAAGGUGAUGGUAUACGAUGACCUCCCCAGUCCAACUACCCAUCAACAUCGGAACUCACUGUCAUCGUGGUUCAACGACAGCCGGAACUUGACCUCGCGAACGUCUAUCCGGGCAAGCAUGUCUUUGAAACGAUCUUCAACCACCCCGUUGAGGAUUGGUGCACCCUCGGACUUUCGCAGAGUGCAAUCUUUCCACGGUCACCGGCCACAGUCUUUCCAUUCUCCUCCAGCACCAACCUAUCAACCAUUGGACCUCCGCAUUCAUCGAUCGGGCAAUCGAUUGUCGGACCUGCCUUCAUUCGAAGCCUUUCAAUUAAGCGAGAGCCGCAAGGGCAAGACGCCGGCGGUGCCCGCUCGUGCCCUUACGAUUUCAACCGGCGUUCAAGGUCGACACAGCCAAAAGGUAUCAGCAGUCUCUCGCAAGCCAGUUGGGUCCCUGAAACGCAGAUCACUUGGAAACGUAGAGUCUCUUCUCGUCAAAGAGCCUGUUCAUACCACUAGCACACUGGUUCCGCAUUUCUCCAAAGUCACUCCCACCGCGACACCUCUUCCAGAAGCUCAGGCAGCAUCUUUAGUACACAGCAGGUCAACAUCGGAAGGGACCACGCUUACAUCGACCACCCCACGGCCAAGUGACGCAAAGGCCAUCCCAUCCCGUGGGAGAAUACCUUGGACUCCACCUGCAUCCAUGAGCCUGUACACAGAAACACCGGAUAUGUCCCCAUCCAGAGACAGUCCUUCAUCAGCCAGCCUGCGUACGAUGCCGUCACAGUUCUCAUUCCCACGCCGUCCCUCCAUUACACUCCCUGAGAACCGAGACACACUUGAUUCAAUUCCCUUCCCUCUUUCCAACCGUGUAACCCAAUGGAUGUUUCCUACCCCUACCAAGCCCUCUACGCCCCCGAAGCAAGCCUUUCUGCACGGCAUAAACGGAUUUGAGUGGGAGCGAGCUCACACGUUGAGUGGCACCACAAUCGCGUCAACUACCACGACCAUCACCGGUGGUACAAGAGCACGAAACAAUAGUUCCAUCUCGAGUGCCUUCUCUAGUGCCAUCACUCCCCGCGCCUCAUUCCAGGUCCCCUCGUCUGCUGCACAAAAGGGUGUCGACUCUGGUGCCUGCUACCCGACCAUCUUUGAGGACCACCAGCAGCACCAUCCACUCUUUUCGUGUAUUGAAAAUGAAUAUACGCGGUACCAUGAGUCUGGUAUUGGGUUGGCGUUUUGA